AUGAAAUUAAUUAUAACUCUCCUUUGAAUUAUCUCGACUUUUGCAAAUCUUGAGAAAUGUAAACAAUCGCUGGAAUCAGAUGCUGCAGCAAUUGUGCAGUUUUUGACUGGAAAUUUGACUAGCAUUUCUCCAGUGAAAAGGUUGUAUUAUUCAGGGAGAGAUAGCAAUGAUUUAGGGCUAUAUAAUUUAUGCUUAUUCCCUUUUAAGAGCGAGUAAAACCAUUGAAACAGUCCUUGAUUUUUGAAAAUUAACAUUUUUAAUAGGGAGCAAAAAAAUUUUUUAAUAUAAAUACUUUUAUAUAUAAAAUAUUUUUAUAUUAAUUAAUAAUUUUUAUAAUGAGAUUUCUAGUAAUUCUAUUAAAUUUUAUACAGCUUGCAUUCUUAAGUAUAAAUUGCAUAUUUGAAUUUUUAAAACCGAUAAUUUUUUAAUAUUCUAUUUUAAAAUAAAAAUAAAACCCCUUUAACAGCAAUCAAAAAAUUCUUUGCUCACUGUAAAAGGGGGAAAUUAGGUGUAGAGGACUCUCAGUAUCUUCUGUUAAGAACUCCAAUGGAUAUUUUAGAAAUUUAUUUAGGGUUGUGCGUUCCUAAAGACUGUGACGCAGACUCAAUUAAAAGCCUUAUUCGAGGUCAUCCUAACCCUCAUUUGGAUUUAAGCAUCCUCAAAGCUUCUAACAUGAAUUUCGAAAUAAAUUCCCCAACAGAGCAUACUUUAUCAGCUUUUGGAGGAUUUAUAAUCGCUAUUACAUUUUUCUUUGCAAUUCUAGUUUUUGCUGGGACUUUGAUUGAACAUCUAGAUAAGCCUAAAAAACAAAAAAUAAUAUACCAUUUCAAGACUAUGUAUUUUUAGCACUUUUUUAAUUAAAAAUUCAUUAUAAAUUGGCAUAGAAGAAGAAAAAGAAAUCAUGGUUGAACUCACAGAAAAAUCCGAAAUGGUCGAUAUUUCUUUGAAUUUUCCCCAAAAAACCAAUAUUUUAUCGCCAAAACUAAAAUAUUUUUUCAUCAAUUGUUCUAUGAUAAAAAAUUGGGAAAAACUUUUUGAUACAAAAUUUAAUGAAAAUUUAAAGAUUUUUGAUGGGAUUAGAGUUAUGAGUUUAGGAUGGGUUAUUCUUGUGCAAGUAUUUUUAGCAAGAGUGCAAUGGGCUGUUAUAAAUGCGGAAGAUAUUCCUUAUAUUUUUGGAUGGGCUAGCACUGCUUUUGAUUAUGGAGGAUUCUACGCAGUUGACACAUUUGUGUGGAUUUGUGGUUUUUUUAUGGGAUAUUUAUCGCUCAAAGAGAUCCAAAAUUUUCCUAAAAGCUUUAGAUGGGGCUUCAAGACUCUUAGAAAAAUAGCAAAAACAGUUCCAGCAUACAUUUUUAUACUAGCUUUUGUAGUUUCUGUAGUCCCUACGAUGGGCUCAGGGCCAAACUGGCAUUUUGUUGAUGAAUACUUGACAAAAGACUGCGAAAAAUAUUGGUGGGCAAAUUUACUUUUCCUGAAUAAUUUUAUUCCUGGCGGUAUGGGCAGUCAUUGUAUAAGCCAAACAUGGUAUAUUGCCUCAGAGCUCCAGCUAUUUUUAUUCGGGAUAUUUUUUAUUACAAUUUAUUGCUAUUAUCCUAAAAAGUUCUCAUGGAUCUUGGCAUCUGUAGUAUUUUUAUCUGAAUUUGUAUUAAGGAUUAUUCUUGCUGCUGAAUAUGAAAUUUCUAUAGCCUUUGUUGCAGAAAAAAAUGUUACUAACGAGACCAAUCAAAUUUUCUUUGUUAAACCAUAUUGUAGGGUUACUGUGUACUUAUUUGGAUUUUUGAGCGCAAUUAUAUAUUUACAGAGUAAAAGUGAAAGAGUUUUUGAUGGCUUUGGAAGCAAACAUAAAUAAAUGGCGUCUUGGUCUGGAAAUAAAAUCUCGAACACAUUUUAUUUAGAACCGGCAAGUUUUUGCCAACCCAGAAAUAGAUAGCUAUGCUAGAUAAGCAUUUCUGGUAAUAUAGAGAGUCUAGCCCUAGUCCGCUUUAAGGACUGGAUUGACCUUGAGGGAAAUAGUGGGUUCAGAGUUCGAAAGGGGAAGCUCAGUAACGUCUGCAAGCAAUGCCUAGAUCAUUCAGGGAACUCCCUAAAGUGAAACCGAGAGUUGUCCUCAGGUCUUUGAAUUUAUCCUUUUUUCCGAGAGUCGACCAGAAAUUCAUUUUUGGGGUAUUUUUGCGCGGACAACCUUCAUAUACUAACCAGCAUACUGCAGAAGUCCAUAGCCUUCCCAAUCAACACUGGAGCUGACAAAGGGGAGACGGAUACACAGAACCUUUUUCGGCGUCAGGCGGCGAAGAAGGGGAAAGGGGGUGCUCGGCCCUAUCUUUCUCCAGGUUAAUUAUCUCAAAAGUUCUCGUGCCACGUUGCAAAGAGUGUGAAUCCCCAAGGGGAUCCUUGGCAUACUAUGCUACCAAUAGGCAAGCAGAAAAACCUUUUAACAAAUUUAAGUUUAAUAAGAUUACUUUGGAAAGCAAAUAGUGGGAAUUUAUCAAGAAAAGAGAUUUGGGGCAGUUUUAUCGUUUGCCAUAGGGCUAGGAUUAUUAAACUUGCAGAUUUUUGGACAAAUGCCAUGCUAUUCUGACAAAGAUAAUGAUUUCCAAGGGUACUCAAGGACAGGGAAUAUUCUUUCUUUUGCUACAAAUGGGUUUUUUAUCGGCCUAUCAUAUAGUAUGAUGUUUCUUCCUUUACUACUAGACUAUCUCUCUAUAAUUACCUCAUUUUUAAGCUGAAAAGGCUGGAUCCCAUUCUCCAACCUAACAUUUAGCACUUUUCUUGUCCAUUUAGCUGUAGUUUAUGGUCUUUUUUCAGCUGAAGAGUACGGUUACGUUUUCACAACCCUUAACCAAUUUUCAGAUUUUAUUUAUAUCCUAUUUUGCAGCUACUUUUUCGGCCUCGUUCUCUAUUUAUUAAUAGAAGCUCCCUUCAAAAAUUUCUUAACAAAUAUCUUUUCAAGACCUAAAAAUACCCAAGACGAGCCCUUACUUUUAGUUAAUCCAUAA